AUGAAGCUCUACCACCACGUUGAGAAGCAUGGGGACUUCUUCCUCCCCUACCAAGACGGUCUCAGUCUCAAGCCUAUCGAAGCCCUGGUGAAGCACGAGAAAGACAUGGGCUUUUCCGAUGUUGAGACUGUCCUUCCUGCGACAGAAGUCCAGAAGGAUAUUCUUAAGGAGGAUGUCCAAUGGGCUGAAGCAGUGCUCUUCACUGGAAAGACCUCUGCCUUAAGCUCUGAGAAAGUCCUUGAUGUAUGGAGAUCCUUGGCAUAUCACUAUAUAUGUCUUCGAUCUUGCAUUACCAAUGGACCAACGCCAAAAGUCGUGGUCCAGCGAUGCAUCGAGCCUGUUCAAUGGCGCCGCCCUGAAAAAGGGUUUGAAAAACUUCAUCGAGGCUCAGCAUUCCUGACGGUUGAAGCCAACAACCGUUCUGACGAGAUCAAUCUCGUCCUUCACUUCCAUCGGGCCCUGAUUGAUACAACCUCGCUUCACACGCUCAGACUCGAUUGUCUUCUUCAAAUCCAUGGUAUUCCUGGUAUCGAAAGCACUGGCUUUACCGCAUACACACGAUACCUCGCACAGAAGCGCAAGGACAUCGCCUCAUCCAAAACCUUCUGGUCCAAGACCCUUUCAGACAUUGCUCCCCAGUCAAUCUUUGGUCUUGAACCUGACGCUUUGGAUGGUUUCAACCAGGAUAGACACGGUGUCAGUGCUGUGAUCCAGGGCGCAGAGCUAGCAACGCUAAAUAGCCUUGAAAAGUCUCGCGAAGACUCAAAGUCAUGGCGCCAGACGUUCCUUGAAGCAAUUUGGGCCCAUGUCUUGAGCGCCCACUCCGACUCUGAAGAAGUUCUUUUCGGAACUGUGCGCCGAGACGCAAACUUUGUGGGCGCAGACAAUUGCGUUGGGUGCCUUGACCAGACCUAUCCCGUCCGACUGCGCGUUCCCACUGGCGAAGAUGCAACUUUCUCUGACAUUUGCGACUCCCUGGACAAUUACCAUACGGAAGCCGGUCGUCACGCAUUCGUCGGCUACACUGGAAUCGAAGAGCAGGCAACAAAUGGCAUGCUGAUCGAAACAGCCGUUAGCUACAGCCCGACAACCAACACACCUUGCAUCGCCCCAAGCUUGCGGAAGUUCCCCGUCGUAUUGUGCAUCAACGAUGCCAGCGUGUUACAACUCGCUAUUAAGUGCACAACCAAGAUCCCACUGGAGAAGGUCGAAUUGGUGUUUAGGCACUUUGUUUCGGCGAUCUUCAGUGCCGCCAAGGGCUUGAGCGCAGUGGACAAGUUCCCUCUAUCCGACAUCCAGCUCGUCUCGGAUGCUGAAAAGCGUCUCAUUCUAUCACGAUCCGUCAGCACCCGAAAGGUGCAAGCUACGACUAUUCCUGCUUUAUUUGAGAAGACUGCGGCUCAAUACCCUCAACGAGUCGCAGUUGAUUUUCAGGGCGACGCUAGCCUCACCUUCGCCCAGCUUAACAGCUUUUCCAACCAACUCGCGAGGAGGCUGAGGCUUCAGAAGGGUGCUGUCUAUCCGAUCUUGGCUGACAGGUCUCUAGAGCUGGUCGUGGCUAUCCUGGCGGUUCUUAAGGCUGGGUCAGCGUAUACUGUGCUUGAUCCAGACUUCUCAGUCAGUCGCCUCGAGCAAGUCGUCAGCGACUGCAAUGCAGCAGCGGUUCUGUCCACUCGCAGAUACAUGAACAUGCUCCCCAACACUGUCAAUAUUGAACAGGAUUACGCGCGACUACGUACUGAUGCCGCAGAGUCACUCGACAAUACUGAUGGUAUUGGCGUACACGUUGAGCCGCAAGACCGCUGUUACAUCAUCUACACAUCUGGUAGCACAGGAAAGCCCAAAGGUGCAGUACUCACUCAUGAGGCCGCCACGAGUGGGAUGCAGCACCACUCUCUGAACGGGCUGAACCGGUGGCUUCUCUUCUACAACCCAAGUUUCAGCGCUGCUCAACGUACCAUCUUGAGUACUCUUGUUAACGGUGGAACACUGGUGCUGGCACCCAAGGAAGAACUCACUCGGGAUCUCGCGGGAGUCAUUAAUCGGCUUUCGGUCGAUGCCCUCGGAAUUACUCCUUCUGCCCUCUCUCUUUUGUCGCCCAAGGAUAUUCCAAGUCUCAAGAGUAUUACCCUCGUGGGUGAGCAGACUCCUCAAGAGCUUGUGAACACUUGGUCUUCCGUCAAGGGUCUUACACUGAGAAAUACGUAUGGCCUCAGCGAGUGCACGCAACUCAACUUUGGAAGACCGUUGGCCGCAGUGGGUGGUCAAGUCCCGAACCCUCGCAUACUGGACCCGCCAAUCGACACCACGAGCGUCUUCAUCCUUCGUCAUGGUAGUACUGAGCUCUCACCACUGCUCGUAUUCGGUGAACUGUGUCUCGCCGGUCCACAGCUCGCCCAAGGCUACAUCAACGAGCCAGGACUGACUGAAAAAGCAUUCGUCGCGAACCCAUUCGGUCCUGGAAAGCUUUACCGGACUGGUGAUAAGGCUCGAUGGCUUCCCAAUGGUCAGAUCGAGAUUGAAGGACGUGUCGAUAUGCAAGUCAAGAUCAAUGGGCAAAAGGUCGAGCCUGCCGAAGUCGAUCGUCUUCUAGUAUCGCUUGACGUGAUCAAGGGAGCUGUGACGUUUUCUGUCAAGAUGGAAGAUCGUCAAAUCCUGGCCACUGGUGUUGUUCUCGAUGACGGAUCUUCUUUCAGAGAUGCUGUCAACUCGGCGAGGAACCAUCUUCGUGCCAACCUACCAGUUUUCAUGACGCCAACUCUUUGGAUUCCCAUUGAGUUGGUUCCUAGAAAUGGAAACGGGAAGCUCAACUAUCACUUGCUGCGAACUAAGGCAAAAGAGCUCGGCUUUGCUGGCUUUGCCAAGCUCAUGGAGCUGGGCGACGAAGAGAAUAUGGACGAAAUCCUCAACGAUGUUGAACAAAAGAUUGCAUCAGUAUGGGCAGAAUCUCUCAAGAUUGACCGAUCUGUCAUUCGUCGAUCUCAUUCUUUUACCGACCUUGGCGGGACUUCCAUUGAGGCCAUCCGGGUUGUGUCAGAGCUACGCGAGCACGGUCUAGCGACUGAACUCGGUGACCUGUUGGCCUACACCUCUCUCAGCAACAUUGCAUCUCGAUCUCAGACUGUUUCAAUGGAGGAUGAGCAAGACCCGAAGCCCUUCUCACUUCUUCAGGACGAGAAGCUGCUUCAAGACUUGCCGGUGAGCGGCGAUAUUAGCGACGCCUAUCCUGUCACACCCUUCCAAGAGUCCAUGCUGGUGUCAGUCAAUUCGCCCUCAGAUCCAUACACCUAUUCUCGGGCUUGGGAUGUAAGUCAUCUGGAUCUCACACGCCUGAGGGACAGUUUUGAGCAGGUGUUCAGGUCUCGUGACAUCCUGCGUACCGUGUUUAUUCCAUACAAACAGUCUUUCGUGCAGACCGUGAGGACUGACGUGGAGCUUCCAUGGUUUGAGACCCGACAGACUUUAGAGGCUUUCCAGCACAGUGGUAGUGUUCAUCACUGGGAUAUGGAUAAGCCUCUCUGGAAGGUAACUAUUACGUCAGAUCAAGCUCUGGUCGUGACAAUGCAUCAUUCACUAUUUGACUUCUGGUCUCACGGCUUCCUGUAUGACGAUGUCGCCGCAGUCUACACCGGUGCACUGGUUCCUCACCGUCCAAACCUGAGCCGAUUUAUCCGAUACUUGCAACGAGAGCCUUCUGCUAACAGCACCUCAUUCUGGUCUGAGUACCUCCAAGGUGCUGAAGUGCUCAAGCUGAACAGCAACCAGCUCUACAGCAGCAGCAAACUCGAGUUCGACCUUGGAUAUAGUCUGACUGCACGCGCCAGAAGUGUUGGGAUGACUCUCGGUGCAGUCGUCUACAGUGCAUGGGCCAUCAUUCUCUCCCGGCAGAUGGGAUCCAACGACAUCACUUUCGCAACCACUGUUUCAGGCAGAGAAGCUCCUGUCGUUGGCAUCAAUGAUCUCGAUGGACCUACCAUGAGCACUGUUCCACAGAGGAUCAAGCUCGACACUGAAUCUACCCUCCGAGAUAUCGCUCAGAAGACAGUAGCCUCGUUUUCUCAGCUACUCAAGCAUUCUCAAGUCGGUAUCGCCGCAGCGCUGAAAGCAGGCGGUAUUGGUGCACAAGACAUCGACACUCUCGUCAAUAUCUUGAUCGAUGCCAACAAGACCGAGAGGCCAAGAAAGUCCCACGAGAUCUUCAAGAUGCGUGGUUCGCGGCCUCAAUGGGAGUCUGGACACGGAAUGACUGUUCUGGAGGUCCAAGAGUCAUCAGGACAGGGCGACUCCACCAUUCUCCGACUCUCAAGCAACAUAGAUCCUCGACGCUUAGGAUUCAUCAAGGACUCGUUGGUAGAGUUGCUAGGGAUUUUCUGCGAGAAGCCUGGUUCUAUUCUUUCGUCUACCAACAUCAUGGGCGCUGCUGAAUAUGACCUCGUCUUCAACCAACUUUCUAAUCGGGCGACACUUCGAGUCCCAGAGCCUGAGUUUCUUUACAGCGCAUUCAAGAGAAUUGCACAAGAGGCUCCAGAUGCUGUCGCGAUUGACUUUAACAAUGAGGAUACUAUCUCUUAUCGAGCCCUCGACAAACUUGCGAAUCGUUUUGCUCAUGCCCUUAUCGAUGUUGACGUACAACCGGGUGAUCUUGUGCCCAUCAUGCUUGACAAGUCAGUUGACAUGAUGGUCGCAAUUCUGGGCACAAUGAUUGCUGGAGCAGCAUACGUUCCUUUGAGUCCCGACAAUCCCACAGACAGAAACUCCUACAUUGUGUCUGACACCUCAGCAAAACUCAUUGUGGUUCAUCCCGCGUACGUAGAGUUUGGCGAUCAUGUCAAGAAGUCACUUGGGGUUGAGACGCUGGUAAUGAAGGGCUACGAGGAUUUGAGCCCGAAAAGCUCGCGUGGUGAGGAUACAGACUCUUGUCCCAUUGUCAACCAUACUCCAGCCAAUCUCGCCUAUCUCAUCUACACUUCCGGCAGCACAGGACUCCCCAAGGGUGUCAAAGUUCCGCACAGAACCGCUGCAGCUGCCGUCACAAGCAUGAUACAAGUCGAAGGCCGUAGCCAGGGCGUUUGGAGGACUUUGCAGUUCGCCAACUACGUAUUCGACGCAUCGGUUCAAGAUUUCUUCAACACGCUCAGCAGCGGCGGCACACUAUGCAUGGCCCCGACAGACGUUUUGCUUUCUGAUAUUGCAGGCUGUAUCAACCGAAUGGAUGUCCGUCAGGCUAUCAUCACACCAACGGUUGCCAAGUUGCUCAACCCGGCAGAUGUCCCGCGAUUUGAAACACUCAUUGUUGGAGGUGAGCCGUUGACCUCAGACGUCAUCAGGACUUGGGCGCCUCACUGCAAGAUCUUGAACGUCUACGGACCAACUGAGACAUCGAUGGUGGUAACCACCAAGCGAAUUGAGUCACUAUCAGAAAACCACGUUGUCGGCAAUAUUGGUGCUCCUUUUGAUACCGUCAUGGCAUUCAUCCUUGAUCCAAACGGCGAGACACUGCAGCCUUACGGUGCAGUUGGAGAAUUGUGUAUUGCUGGUCCUCAAGUUACAGAUGGUUACGUAAACCGUCCUGAGCUGACGGCUGCUGCAUAUGUUGAUAGCGCUAAGCUUGAGGUUCGUAUCUACAGAACUGGUGACUUGGCACGAUGGCUACCUGAUGGUGAGAUCGAGUGUCUUGGCCGCAAAGACAACCAAGUCAAGAUCCAUGGUCAUCGCAUUGAACUUGGGGAGGUUGAAAAUGCCAUUCGGAACUCGGGUCUUGUCAAGGACGCGAUUGCUGUGGCUGCCAAGGUUCAUGAUAAAGUUCACCUGGUUGCCUUCUGUACCUUCAACGAUGAUACCACUGCUGGAAUGAAUGGCACUGGUAUUCUCGAACCUUCCACCAUGAGAGAUACAUUUACGAGCCUGCACGAGAAACUUGGAUCAUUGGCGACUUAUAUGAUUCCCAAGUUCGUCAUUCCCAUGAUCGAUUUCCCGAAGCUGCCUUCUCGCAAAGUUGACCGCAAGGCAUUGAAGAAGAUGUUGGAGGACCUCGAUCGGGAUUUCUUGUCGCAAUGUGUGCUUGAGUCUCCCAGCCAAGACCACGCAGUCGUGCCUGUAGAGACACUCUCUGAGAUUGCUUUGGAGUCGGUUUGGGCGGAUAUCUUUGGCCUACCGACCCAUCAGAUUGGACGGGAGGCAAACUUCCUAGCCUUGGGAGGUGACUCUAUCACGGCAAUCAGUCUCACUGGCCAUCUUCGCAAACUGGGAUAUCACCUCACAGUCCUCGAUAUUCUCCAAUCUCCCAAGCUCAAGGACAUGGCUUCUGCCAUGCAAAAGCUGGAUACUGAAGCUGUGGGCAAGAAGAGGGUUUUUAACGUCCCCGAGAAUGUCAAGAUGGCCAUUGAAAGCACUGGGCUUACAUGGGAUGAUCACGUUGAGUAUGCAUACCCUUGUCCACCCGGCCAAGCAGAGUUCUUGAAGCAAGGCGCCCGAGACUCUCAGAUGUGGGUUCUUCAGACCGUGCGGCGCAUGACUGGUGUCAUCGAGCCUGAUGCCUGGAUCAAAGCUACCAAGCAACUAACUGAAGCCAAUGACAUCUUACGAACGACAUGGCUAGAGGCAUCUUCCGGGAACUGGGUAGGAGUUGUCCUUCGCGACACAAAGCUUAACAUCACAACUGUCGCCGUGGACUCGGAGGAUGAGAUGCCCACUUUUCUCGAAGACUUCUGGCGAACACGCUUUGAGUUCGGUCGCCCCUUUAUCAAGUACGCCAUCAUCACUCACGGAGACUCAUCCUGGGACUUGGUCAUCAAGAUGGACCACGCGGUAUACGACGGAACUCUGUUACGUGUCUUUGAUCAACACUUCGAGAACAUUCUACAAGGAAAGCCUUUGCCUCCUCGCGUGGAGUUCCGCGAUUUUGCUCAACACGUUUUUGAACAAGACAAGUCCAAGGCACUUGAAUACUGGAAGAACAAAUCUACACACGCUGGGCAAUCAUCUCAGGUUUUGAAGGGUCAAGAUCUCGGGGGAGUGAGUGAGCCUCGAGUCACCGCCAGUAUCAAGAUGAAGAUGGAUACACGUGGCAUUGAGCACGUAGCAAGGAACUAUGGCGUCACUCCAAGUAUCAUAUUCCAGGCUGCCUUCACUCUUUGGUUGGCUAGGGCGACGAAGAGUGAUCAUGUUCGCUACGAUUAUCUCCUCAGCGGACGGAACGUGGCACUUCCGGAUCCUCAGUCCAUCAACGGAACACUAGCCAAUUUCUUGCCGAUCUGGACAGGAACGAACUCCACAGAAAAGGUCUCAGAUCUUCUCGCGAGGUUACAAGAAGACUUUUGGGCUGUCACGGAGAAUGGGUUAGUUGGACUCGACGAUAUCUACCAGACCCUGGAUGUGUCCCGCGCGGCUCAUGGGAACAAGGUCUUGUUUCUUUCGCAGCCAUUUGACCCUGUUCCCUUGGAUGAUGCAACAACCCGCAAUCGAUGGCUUGUCAUGGCCAAGUCAAAGGUGCGGAUGUAUCAGCCAUAUGCGCUUGUGGUGGAGGUAUCGAAGUCUUUUGGGGAUAUUUCGAUAUUGAAAGUCAUGUACGAUGAGAAGGUGUUUGAUCAUGGGAUGGCUGAAGCAUUUGCUUCUGAGAUUACUGAGUUAGUAUCGGCUAUGAUAAAGUGUGAGAAAAGAAGUAUGACCGUUGAGGAAGUUUAG